GCGGGGUAGGUUGCCAGAGGAUUGGAAAGUUCGCAGCACCUUCGACUAUAACAGGUAGCCUCUUGAAUAUAAGGUCAAAUCUCGUAUGUCUUGAUUGGACUUUGCCAUGGAUAUCACCUGUUCUUCUCCGUUUGUCUCUGCACCGAUUCAGGAGAUGGUCGCCGAGCCGAUCGACAUCGUACUUGAUGAGCCCACCGAUACCUGUGCGAUGGUGGAAGAGAAAGCCGAGGAGAUCAUCGAGGCUGAGAAUGAGAGCCUUGACCAACUGAUGAUAGAGUUUACCAGAGGGUUUGAUCCUGGAAGCUUUGUCGAUGAGGUUUCUAAAUCACUCCCUCGUAUUCUUAAAGAUAUCUUCCCAGGUUCCUACGAGCAUCUUUUGAGCAUGCUGUUUGAAAGCGACGACAAAAUGCACGCCACCCAGAUGAAGCUAGAGGAAUGGCUUCUGAAAAGAUACCCUCAGAUUCUCAACAAGAUCGAUAUCGAACGCCAGGAGACAAACAUAACUGAUGAGACGUAUUUUGGGGCUGAGAUCGAGGUCUUAAGAAAGAUGGUAGCAUUCUUACGCAAGGAAUCUGAUAAACCAGUCUUCUGGCUCAAUGCUCGGCGUGCAAGUCCUAUCAAAGCUCGUGAGCAGCUUGAAGCAUCUAUCCGGGUCAUCGAACUGUUCAAAAGCGAUGUCAUGAUUGCGAUGAAACUGGACACGGAGGAUAGAAAAAUUUACAAUCCUCUCCCCGUCUCCACGGAACGCACCGCUCUAUUGAGUAUCAAACAACUUCGAAUUGACGCAUGCAAGGCAUCACUUUCUUGGGAAGGUUAUAUGAACUCUGCUAUCGUGUUCACCUCUUUCUUCCAUGCCUACAAGGCUUAUACCUGCGUGCACAAGCCAGACAAAGCCCGUGCAUGGGGCUGGCUCCCACCACAGGGACUUGCGCCUCCACGCUUGUCUGCAGAGAUAGCCCAGGUGGGUGAUUUGGUAAAAUGGGACUUUGAGCAUGAAAACAGCGCAUUCGAUCUGCUACUCAAGACGGCCCUUUGGCUAGGUAUGGCGAGAGGUCUCCCAGCGGUGCAUCUAUUCUGUGACGUCGCUCGACUUUUCACGACGCACAAGCCCUCCCCAACGGCAAACGAGCCAUAUAUCAGAUUUCUGCGUCAUCUGGCACAAACAAGAGUCUCCAUUGCCGGAAUCAAGUCCACUCCGCCCACGCCUGUUCCAUUCAAGGGGUCCGACGAAAAUACCAAUCGUGGUUACUUCGAAGACGUAUUCGAUUCAGACAAGAUCUUGGAGAAGGACCUAACCAAGACCCUUUCGUUGCUUGCCAUGAAUACCAAUGACUUCAAGCUAUCUGCCACGCCUCCAAAAUACUCGUUUCGCAAGAAGGCGAAGAUGAUCGAGCAGGCUUGUGUUAUGGAAGAGAAUCACACGGACAAGUGGCCUCAGAAAGAUCCGGCAAGUCAAGGAAAUUAGUUUAAUAGGUCAUUUUGUAUUCCUUUGCUAACAUUGUGUCCUCCUAGCACCCUGUGAAACCUCCUUCUCCAAUUCCUGCGGAAUCUGAACCGGCUUCGCCCCCGCAGGAGACGGAACCUGACUUUCUUGAUCAAAUCGAUUACGUCUCAGUCUGUCCUUGGUGAUUGAAUAUCUUGAGCUUUCAGGAUUUACGAGGCAUAUCAGAACAGCUUCACCCAUAUGUCAGCUAAUAUUUGAACAACAUUCUUAACGAACGUCUCUGAUUGAUCUCAAGAUGAAAAUCAAAACGAAAGAAAACCUCUCCACUCUGUCGAAAGCAAGAAGGUAUGCCAACCAAAGCUCACCCCAUUGAUUGGCGAUCGUGAGCCGUACUUCAGGAAAAUCACAAAACCCCUCGCU